AUGUUCAUGCCGCACUACUUCGGCGUCAAAAGACCCUGCCUUGAAAAUAACUACUACGAGCAGUUCAACCGACCGAACGUGGACGUGAUUGAUAUCAAAGACAAUCCAAUCGCGGAGUUCACGGAGACUGGGAUUAAGCUCGAAAACGGAGAUCAUUAUGAGUUUGACGUUGUCGCGGUUGCGACCGGCUUUGAUAUCACUACGGGCGGGAUGACGAACAUGGGAUUGGUGUCCAUCCAGGAUACCACGCUUCAAGAGGAGUGGCGAAAGGCUGCUGUCACAUAUCUAGGCACGACAGUUUCGGGGUAUCCGAACAUGUUUCACCUAUACGGACCUCACGGGCCCACACUUUUGUCCAACGGGCCCUCUACGGUUGAGGUCCAGGGUCGCUGGAUCUGUGAUACCAUCAGAAAGGUGACCAGAGAGAACUUGAAGUACAUUAAUCCCACUCAGGAAGCGUCUCGGGAGUGGAAGAGACGCAUUAAUGCGCUUAGCGACGCGACUCUCUUUCCGACCACGAGGAGCACGUACAUGGGCGGCAGUAUGCCGGGCAAGGCAUUUGAGCAGGUUAAUUAUGCUGGUGGGAUUCCUCAAUAUGCUAUCGAGGUAGGUGAAAUCUAA